UGCAUGGCUAUAGCAAGCGGCACUGGGUAGUUUGAUUAAUUGUCUCAUAAUGGUUAUCCUGGGGUAGCCUCGCGGCGACGGGUAGCGCUUCUCAUCUGAUUGAUUUGAACCACCCGUAGUUUUUGGUAGAUUGCUUUUCUGUAGUCAAUGUUGAUUUUGAUUUGUAUCACAAACUGGAUUUGGUGCUGGAGUACUAGCAACGUUGAAGGAUUAAAAAAAAUCAUACUUAAAACUUAUCUGAAUAAUGGGAAGGCGUUAAAUGGACACAAAGUUAUGGAAUGAAAGGGAGGAGGGGCGCCGUGUCCGUUUGGGAAGUUGCAGAUAACAGUGCCUUACCACUCCCACGCAUAGCGCCCGGAUAAGGUCCAGGCUCCAGCAUACCGCUUUAUCCGAGGGGAUACAACGCUAUGGUCUGCUGUGCGACAGGACCAUGCGAGCCGGCAGCGGUGGUCUGCGCCGCCUUCUCCCGCGGCUCUGCCUGCUGAUCAUACCACUGCUCCUGCUACUGCAGAUUUUGGUAGGAGUGAUAUUGCCUGGGACUCACCGCGACGACUCCUCCCAGGAGUUCGCUUUCACCAUCAUUAGCAUCGAGAGCGGCCGGAGUGUGUCUCUACCGGACGGCAGUGUCAAGUCCCGGAACGCCGAGAACUCGGGCCCCGAGCUCUGGGACGAGGAGGAGGGGCCCCGAGGGGCGUCCGGUCCACACGGGUAUGAAAUCCGGAACGAAGAAACCCCACGGCAGGAGGGCGCCAGGCAGCAGCUGGCGCUAUGGCCCUGGGCAGCCAGCAGGCCCUCUCUCACGGCAGAGGUGGAAAGGUUUGUUACCUAUAUCACCACGCCGCAAGUGCAGUGUUCUCAGGUGCUCCUUCCAGGCGAGUCCCAGGCUGUGACCCUGACCAGCUCAUGGGCCUUGUGUGCAGAUGGCUGGAAGCUGCCACUGGAUCAGCCGCGGUCCUGCGUCUCCUACUCCUUCAGCAUGGACCAGAAGGACAGAGCCUUUGUGGAAAAGAUGCUGUGGGCGGGUUGUGAGGUGCACCAGUUUGACCCAAGCCCAAGGAGGGAGUCUGCUUCAGGCCGGGUUCAGCAGCACCGCAUCUGGAUUGACUGGCGGGGGCCCCGAGGAGGGGUGCAGAACAGACCUGGAAAUGGCUUACCCAGGAGGCUUAGUGCCAUCAUGGACACCCUGGGACACAGAGAGGUUCAUUUUCUCAACGCGGACCUGGAGAGCGCAGAAUGGCGUGUCCUGGAGAGCUGGGCUCUCGACGGCACCCUGGGUAGGAUCCAGCAGCUGCUUCUGACAGUGCACCUGCAGUGGGCUGGCUUCGAGGUGGCCGGCAGUGACACCGAGGUGGUGCGCUUCUGGUACAGUGCCAUCCGUGGGCUUGACGUGGCAGGUUUCAGCCUGCUGCACAGCGCCGCGGGCACUGGGAACACCAUCCUGCGGCACCCGCUGCCAAAGGUCCACAGCACGUACACGCUCACCUGGGUCAAAACUGAGGGGGUGCUCGGGAGUGACUGAGUCACAUAACUAUAGAAGCACCCACCAACUAAGUCAAAAGGAUAAACUUUCCCAGAAAGAGCUAAGCUAGAUUCUUUUUACUGUGGAAGGAUGACCUUUAAUCUUUUUUUUUUCUUGUAAUUAAACCAGAAAGAAGUUUU